CUUGUAAAAUUAGGAGAAAAAAGAGAAAAAGAAAAUAAUACCUGUCUGGUGUUCACAUUUUUCUCUCCACUCUUCUCUCUCUCUCUCUCUCCUUCAAUCACAUCACCCAUGGCCAGUAUAUGGCGAGCAGUGAUGGGCGAUAACACAACUCCAUCGACCGACGACUAUGACGGAGUAGAAUUCUGGGUUAACCCCGAACGAGCCGGCUGGCUCACAAAACAAGGCGAGUACAUAAAAACCUGGCGUCGCCGGUGGUUCGUGUUGAAACAGGGGAAACUGUUUUGGUUCAAGGAAGCGAAUCUCAAUAGAGGAUCGAAACCGCGUGGUGUUAUUCCGGUGGGUGAUUGCCUUACAGUGAAAGGAGCUGAAGAUGUUCUGAAUAAACAAUUUGCGUUUGAGCUUUCAACUAGGUCUGAUACUAUGUAUUUUAUUGCUGAUUCUGAGGAGAAGAAGGAGUAUUGGAUCAAUUCGAUCGGACGGUCUAUAGUGCAGCACUCUAGAUCUGUUACUCGUGAUGAAAUUCUCGACUAUGAUAAUGAUAGCCGGAAAUAAAAUUAUGUGGACGCAGACAAACUUGGUGACCCAAACAAAAGAAGCUCUUUUGUGACUGGAUUUGCUCACUCACAUCUUGACUAAUUCUUCGAGAUAUAGGUUACCUCCCACCAGCACAGAUAUGGAGUAAUUCUAUCCACGAAGGUCUAAAUAAGAACACCUACGGGUCAUUUGGCAAGAUGUAUUAGCUAUGACAUUUUUUGAUCCUUUCUUUGUUCAAGGCCAAAGUGUCCUUGAUAAUAUAUCAAACCAAAUAUUGGAUAGGAAAUAGCUCCAACAUAACGAAUUCCAGCAUUAUUAAUACACUCUAUUCAUUACUAUUCUUA